AUGGAUGUGCUAGUGGAGUGGAGAAACGGAAAAAAAUAUAGUUGCAUCAAGUGGGUUGUUGGCAAUAAAAAAAGGCAUUCAAAAAAGAUGUUGGUGUUAAGAUGUACUACUCAAAGAGAUGGUACUAUGGUAAAAUUAUUGAUCUUUGGCAAAUACAGCAGACCCGAUUUCAAUGCCGAUGCUACUGAGCAAAGUGUAUCUUCAGAUAAAAAUUCAGAUUCUGAUAUUCCGCUAGCACGACUUUUGAAAAAGAGCGAAACACUUGUUGAAAGAAGUGAAGAAACUGAGAAAGGAGCUGCGAAUUUGAAAAACAAAGGCAAGGAUUUUUGCUGUCUAUUUCCUUAAACUAUAUUUAAAAUACUUAUCUUAUGAUUCCAGGAUUAUAAAUUUACCAUAGCAAUGAUAGUAAUGUUAUAAGGUCGCGCGACGACUCAGAUUAUCUGUCAGAUGACCCUCUUUUGAUUUGUCAAAACCGUAAAAUAGCACAAAUAAU